AUGGAAAUCAUUACGGAGAGGUUCUACUCAAACCUUUUUCGUUCAUCAACUCCUGUGUCAAGCCCAAUCAUCCCUACUGGCGAAGCUCCACCACGGAUUCUCCCUUCGGAAGUACGAAUCGCUAUCAAGAGCAUGAAACCUGGCACAGCCCCCGGACCUGAUUUUAUAUCAGCAGACUUUCUUCGGGCUGGUGGCCAUCCGCUUCAUUUAAUCUUAGCAGCGCACGUGACAUCCUACCUUCAGAAAGAAAGGAUCCCAGACCAGUGGAAGACCUCGCGAACCGUUCUUAUCCAUAAGAAAGGUGACCGAGAGGACCUUCGGAACUACCGUCCGAUAUGCUUGCUGAGCGUGUUAUACAAAGUGUUCACCAAGAUCAUCCUCACGCGCAUAUCUAGGACGCUGGAUGAGGCUCAGCCUCAAGAACAAGCCUGCCCCUUGUUCUAA